ACUAACCGUUAAACUAGUUUUAACUAGUUUUUAUGUAUUGAUUACUCCUAACUAACCGAUCCUAAUCAGUGUACUGGAAUCAGAAACGCAGCGCUCCUGUUUGUUCCACUCCGUGUUUUUCUUCUCUCUCAGCGAAUCCAGAAUCCCACGCAUCUGCUUUUCCAGCUCCUGGUUUUUCGCGGGUCAAUACCUACUACAGCACGGCGCGCCGUCUCCCCGCACACACACACGCUCACACACAGACAUACACACCCGGUCUCUCUCUGUAGUGUUUCAGUGCUCUUCAGUAGCUGAGUGAGUGAGUGAGUGAGUGAGUAAGCAAGCAAGCCAGCCAGCCAGCCAGCCCGCACCGCCUGCACUCGCUAUUAAGGCGCCCUUACAGCCGCCGUGUAGCUCUGAGUAGUUCCGGCUCGUGUGCGGUUCUCCAGCGCCGAUGGAUUGACUUCAUGCCUCCUCCUCCUCAAGCCCCUCCAGCCAAGUUGGAGAAAACAACUGGAGCCUUCUUCUUGCUCGGCGUCGCCGCACGCCGGAGAGCUCAAUGUGUCUCCCGGGGGAGCCUCACACCUCUCCGGGUUUGUGCCGCUGCCAACAUUUCGCUGUGAAAUUCGUUCUCCGGGUCUGAGAGAGCUGAACUCUGAGCCGAGGAGGCGCGCGGUGGAUAACUCGGACCGUUUUUCUCCGGCUUGUUUUGGACUUUUCCCUCCGAAAGGGAUGGCGGAGCGGGGAGCGCGGUGGCUCCUGUUUUUCUCCACUCUCACCUCCAGCCUUGUGGCUGCAGAUAAAGUGCGGACUUUCACUCCUUUCCGGUUCUCAGUGGAGCCAGUGGACACACUGGCUGUGCGCGGGCUGCCUGCUGUGCUGAACUGCUCUGUGUCCAGCAAGGCUCCAGUGCGAGUGGAAUGGAAGAAGGACGGCACAUUCCCCAACCUGGCUGCAGACGACCGCCGGCGCCUGGUCUCGGACGGCUCUCUUCUCAUCAGCACUGUGGUGCACUCCAAACACAACAAACCUGACGAGGGCGUCUACCAGUGUGUGGCCACCAUCGACAACUUGGGCACCAUCAGCAGCCGCACUGCACGCCUGACUGUAGCAGGGCUACCACGUUUUUCCAGCCAGCCGGAGGGUGUGUCAGUGCGCCCUGGGGGGAGCGAGGUGCUGAGCUGUGAGGUGAGUGCUGAGCUCAUUCCGUUCACCCACUGGGAGAAAUCCGGCCAGGCUGUGGAAACGGACAGCCGGGUGGUCCAGCUACCCAGCGGAGCUCUGGUGAUCAGCAACGCCUCGCAGGCCGAUGCUGGCUCAUACCGCUGUGUAAUAGAAGGACUGGGACCAGCCAAGAGUAGUGAAGAUGCACAGCUACAGAUCCUACCAGACUCUGCUGCUGAAGACAGGAUGGAGGUUCUACUGGGUCCAACUGCCAUGACCAAAGCUGUGGGCGAGACUGUAUUACUACCCUGCGUGGUGAAGGGCUACCCUCUCCCUAUCAUUCGCUGGAUGCUGGACGGCAAGCUCAUAAAUGAAAGUGAUGGGAGGUUUGCUGUGAUUGGUGGAGGCAUCCUGCAGAUCACCAGCCUAACAGAGAACGACGCUGGAACUUACAGCUGCCAGGCGGACAACGGCAAUGAGACCAUAGAAACGCAAGCACAGCUCACUGUACAAGUUCCUCCUCGAUUCCUCAAGAAACCCUCAAAUAUGUACGCCCAUGAGGCCAUGGAUAUCAUCUUUGAGUGUGAAGUCACAGGUUCACCUGCCCCCACAGUGAAGUGGCUGAAGAACGGAGAUGCCGUCAUCCCCAGUGAUUACUUCAAAAUAGUGAAUCAGAACAACCUGCAGGUGCUGGGCUUGGUGAGGUCUGAUGAGGGCUUUUAUCAGUGCCUGGCUGAGAACGAGGCUGGGAAUAUUCAGGCCAGCGCCCAGCUCAUCAUCCUGGACCUGGACAUUGCCCUCCCCACUUCCACUGUCCCCUCACUGACCAGUGCCACUACUGACCAUGUAGCCUCCGGUUUGGGGGAACGCUUGGGCCCUACCCCCUCGCCCCCACGGGACGUUGUGGCUUCACUGGUCUCCACCCGCUUUAUCAAGCUGACCUGGCGGCUGCCGGCCGAGCCACAUGGAGAAAACAUCACUUACUCUGUCUUCUACAGCCUCGUUGGCUCCAGCAGGGAGCGUGUUCAGAACACCUCAGCUCCGGGGGAGAUGCAGGUCACCAUCCAGAACCUCAUCCCUGACACCAAGUACACUUUCAGGGUGGUGGCUUCCAACAGAAACGGCCUGGGUGAAAGCUCAACCCCCCUUACAGUGGCCACCCAGCCUGAAGUGCAGGUCCCAGGACCUGCCCCCAACCUGCAGGCAGUGUCUGUCACAUCCACCUCAGUCAUUCUGACCUGGGAGAGACCAGUCACCGGCAAUGGGGAGAUUCAGACCUACAAACUCUACUACAGUGAGAAGGGACAAGACUCUGAGCAGGACAUGGAUGUUGUAGGCUUGGCAUAUACAAUGACCGGGCUAAAGAAAUUCACAGAAUACAGUUUCAGAGUGGUCGCUUACAACAAGCAUGGCCCCGGAGUCUCUACAGAAGACUUGACCGUUCAGACCCUCUCUGAUGUACCAAGCGCAGCACCUCAGAACCUGUCUCUCGAAGUCCAGAACUCAAGGAGCAUUAUGGUUCGGUGGCAGCCGCCUCCUCUGGGCUCUCAGAAUGGUGAAUUGACGGGCUAUAAGAUCCGCUACAGGAAGGGAGGGAGAAAAGGAGAGGCAGCUGAAAUCAUGACUACUCAGCUCUCUCAGCUUAUUGAUGGUUUGGAGAGAGGGACUGAAUACUCAUUCCGGGUGUCGGCCACUACGGUGAACGGAAGCGGCCCAGCCACAGAGUGGCUCACAGGCGAGACCUUCGAGAGUGAUCUGGAUGAGUCUCAGGUACCUGGAGCACCCAGUUCUCUGCAUGUGCGGCCUCUGGUAAACAGCAUUGUAGUGAGCUGGACUCCUCCGGAGAACCAGGACAUCGUGGUGAGGGGCUACAGCAUCGGCUAUGGUAUAGGAAACCCUCACGCACAGACUGUCAAAGUGGACUACAAACAGCGCUACUACAGCAUCGACAACUUGGAACCCAGCUCGCACUACGUGAUCACUCUGAAGGCUUUCAACAAUAUGGGUGAGGGAAUACCUGUGUACGAAAGUGCCAUCACCAGGCCCCAGUCAGAUCCCAUAGAUCCAGAUAUUGAUUUGUUUGAACUCUUCCAUCAUACCCCCCAUACCCCAGCGCCUGAUCCCUCCCCCAUGCUCCCUCCCGUGGGCGUGCAGGCCUCCGUCAUCAGCCACGAUACCAUCAAAGUAUCCUGGGCUGACAACUCCUUGGCCAAGAACCAGAAGAUCACAGACUCUAGGUUCUACACUGUCCGCUGGAAGACCAACAUACCAGCCAACACCAAGUACAAGGUUGCAAACACCACCACUCUGACACACACAGUGAUGAACCUGAAGCCCAACACACUGUACGAGUUCUCCGUUAUGGUCACCAAAGGCCGACGCAGCAGCACGUGGAGUAUGACCGCUCACGGCACCACCUUUGAGACUCUUCCCACCUCCGCUCCCAAAGACGUCACUGUGGUCAGUAAAGAGGGCCGUCCUCGCACCAUCAACAUCAAUUGGCAGCCACCAACGGAGGCCAAUGGCAAAAUCACAGGCUACAUCAUCUACUACAGUACGGAUGUGAAUGCAGAGGUACAUGACUGGGUUGUAGAGCCGGUGAUGGGGAACAGACUGACGCACCAGAUCCAGGAGCUCACUCUAGACACAACUUACUACUUUAAGAUACAGGCCCGCAACUCUAAAGGCAUGGGACCACUCUCUGAUACCGUACAGUUCCGCACACCAAAAGCUGAACCCUCUGACAAAAUGUCGAGUGAUCAAGUAGGCUUCCAUGGUACGCCUGGGGGACGUUCUCCUCUGCCUGAUCAUGGAUUCGGAUCCACCCUUGAUAAGCCAGGAAUCACAGGCAGUCAGGAAAACCACAUUCUGGUGAUAGUCAUCAUCGUUUCUGUGGGAGUGUUCACCAUCAUCGCUGUGGUGGUGGGGGCAUUUCUCUGUACACGACGCUCCAACUCCCACCAGAAAAAGAAACGAGCUGCCUGCAAGUCCAAUAAUGGAUCACAUAAGUACAAAAGCACCUCUAAAGACCUGAAGCCCCCUGACUUGUGGAUCCACCACGAGCGUCUGGAGAUGAAGCCCAUAGACAAAUCCCCUGAGCCCAACCCGGUCAUGACGGAGACCCCCAUUCCCCGCAGUCAGGACCCAUCCGGUGAGUCUGGCCACCAGAGACGCAACUCAUUCCAGGGUCAUGAGAUUGAAGAGAGUGUGUCAACGCUGGCAGGCAGAAAAGGAGUGAGGCCCAAAAUAAUGAUGCCCUUCGACUCACAACCCCCACAACCUAUUAUUAGUGCCCAUCCCAUCCAUUCUGUUGACUAUCUUCAUCAUCACCAUCACCAUCAUUAUCACCCUCCGCCUCGUGGUUACCUCCAUCAUCAGAUCAGUCUGAGAGCACCUGCUACUCCCUCCACUCCUGGCCCUGAUUUAGACAGUGCUCCUUCAUCAGAAUCUGUAAGGACGCAGGCCCCUGCCCCUGAGCCUCCAGUGGUCCCAACUCAGCAGUCCAGUGCAGCAGAACUGCAGCACACAGAGGCGGUGAUUAAAGAGGAGGAUCCACCCUCGUACAAGCCCCCCACGGCCCACGUUCACCCCACACACCCCAUGAAGAGCUUUGCUGUUCCCACUGUAUCUGUCUCGGCUCAUAACCCACCCAGCUCUGCCCUGCCCUGUACUCCACUGCUAGCCCAGCCAGUUCCUGGUGUGAAGACGGCGUCUAUAGGCACUCUGAGCCGAGUGCGGGCACCGGUGGCAGUGACGGUACCCAGCGCUCCUGAUCAAGCAGAAAACAGCAAGAUGCUGCCACAGAAAGAGACAUCUCAUUGAUACUGUGUUUCAAACAUUUUCAGGAUUUGUUUGCUCUGUUUGGUCACACAUCUACCUCCGUAUCAACUCAUCUACCAACACGUUAGAUCUCCUGCUCUCGCUCUUCUUUUACAUCCUCCCAUCUCUUUUCUGUUUCUUCCCCUCUUUUCUCUCUCACCCUGCAUCCUCCUCUCUGUGUGGCUGUGGCUGUAACUCUAACCUGGCUUCCCCUGCAUGGCUCUCACUCUCUCUAAGGCGUAUGAGACGGAUGAGCUGUCAGAGGAGAUGGCUCACCUGGAGGGUUUGAUGAAGGACCUGAAUGCCAUCACAACAGCCUGACAGCGCUAAACCCGCUCUAGGGAGCUAACCCUGGACUCGAGCCCGGCCUGUUCUGAAGAAGGGCCCAGCUGAUUUGGAUGACUGAUCACUGAUCCUUUCUCAGUGACUGAACAGAGAAUGAGCUUCGGAUGUUUGUUUCUCCAUUUUGCAUGGACGGAUGGGAAAAAUGAAAAGAUUUCCAAGAAAAGCACUCCAGCAAACACCAUUUUGUUAUUUCUAAGCAAGUAUUCUGGACAUUUUUAAUGUUUUGGACUUCAUAUGAAUAUUGAUAAUUGUUUUAUUUUUGUUUUUUAUGUGUACAUACACACAUUAUGCAUAAUGAUCAUUUUAUGUAUUCAUUGAUAAAUUCAUACAUACCAUUGGGAAAGUGUGGGUGUAUUUAUAAUGAUGCCAUUUAAAGUAGCUGUUGCUCCACUUACAUUUCUUUAUAUAUGUAAAAGGAACAACCUUCAGCUCUGCAUUGAAGAAUGAGUAUGUUCGUUAUCUUUGGACUACGGAGUCGAAAUGCUGUUGUUUUUUUUUCUUUUCUUUUCUUUUUUUCCCCCCCCCCCCCCCCCCCCCCUUAUGCAUUGCUCUGUGUUCUUUCCCAGGGAAACCUGUAGCAUAGAACUCUGAAUAUGCAUCGUAAGGGACACUACAGGCGAGUACAUAUAGGAUUCAGACGUAGAAGGAAACGACUGUGGAUCCUGAAAAUGCUAUUUUUGUUAAAAAAAAAAAUUUAAAAAAAAAGGAAAACAAUCCAGCUGCAAUGUAACAUCAGCAAGUCAACAAUGCUGUAGUUCAUGUGGUGCUUAUGAUAUGGAGACCUAAGACUUUUUGAUUUUCACAGUCUUUGUGAGAGCAUCACCUUUAAUACCUCAUGAGCUCACAGUUAGGCUGUCAGAUCAGCGCAACAGUCGUGUUUUUCAUCUGUGUGAGGUGGCGGCACCACAAACAGGAGUAAAGGUGUCCAUGGUUUUCCCCUGUACAUUUUAAGGGGCUCCCAGGAACUUUAAAAAAAAAUGAUUUUGACCUUUCUACACUUCCAAAAAAGACACUUUUUUAUAUAAAUGCUUAUGUUUGUUUUUUAUAAGAGGAAAUUACUUUGCUUUGUAAACAUUUAUGUAUGUAAAUUACAAUUCGCAAGGUUUAAUAUGUUCUUUUUUCUCAAUUCGUUGUUCCACCACUCCUCCCAAAGAAAGGAAGAAGAUAUAAUGAACUCUGCCUUGCUGGAUGCAUUUACAUGUACAGUAUCUCGUACAAAUGAAUGUUAAUGUGACUGUAAGAAGUUCUGCUAAUUAAUAAAGUCAAUGUUUGUAAAUGUGUCUACAAUGUUGGGUGGGAGAGGGGGAGAACAUGCUGACCCGUUGGAAUGGAGGGGGCACAGUCAAGAGAUCAUUUGCACAUUUUAUAUGGAUUUAAAAAAGGGGAUUGCUGAUGCCAUAUGAAAUAUGAAACUAUUUUAUGUAACAAUGAUGUCAUAAGUAAGCAGCUGGUUUUAUGAAAACUGCAGUUUAAUUUUUGUCUUGUUUUACAGGCUUUUAUGUUGGCGGUUUAUGGUUCAUACUGCUUGUACUUGGACGUUUUUGUUUUCGCUGUUGUAGAAUGAUGUGGAAAGUCAAGUGGAAAUCAUGUUCCUCAUUGGUGCUUCAAUACAUUUUUGUAAUUCCUCUGAA